UUUAGGAGGCGGACCAAACUAGUGGCUGAAGGUCAUCAUGAUCGUGGAUGAUCAAGUUGAUCGUGGCGAGAACUCUUACCGUAGCAGUUGAAGCGAAGAUUAAUGUCCCUUAUGGCCGAGCUUCUGAAAAAGCCCACUAGCUGUUGAACUGAUCGCGACUUGUGCUAGUGACUGAAUGAGAGAUGCUUAGCUGCGGAAUGAGACGAAAAGUAGCAGCUGCUAAACGAGGAGGCGAGUAACAUCUAGACUAGACUCACAGGUGAAUGCGGCGACGACCCUUGCUCGGCCCUAACGGUACGGCGCUCACUUUUUGAUAUAGUAUAUCUCUCUCGUUUCCCUAGGAUAGGAUUCACCUGCCAUUACUAUACGGCUCCUUCAGUGCUCUUUUAACACACGGACGCCCUUUUUAGAGACGUCCCUUUAUAUCGUUCCUGGUCGCACACCCACCGAGGUAUCCAUGGCGCGAUCCGUCUCGAGGUCGCCACCGCCUAGCGUACGCCGGAAACCACGCUCCCCCUCUCGAACCCCCCCUCGCCGGAAAUCCCGCUCGCCCGCUCGAGCUUCGCCCGCUACCCGGAGGUCCCGUUCCGGCUCUCCAACUCCCCCGCGAUCGUCGGCGCGGGGGAGCCGGCGGGACGAACGCAGCCCGUCUCCCGCGCGCAGGCCAAGUCACAGUCCCUCUCCGUCGCACUCCUCCCCCUCCUCCACCUCCACCUCCCCCUCUCGUUCCCCUCGCCCGCUGAUUCCGCUGAUAAAGGAAGAGGGGAAAGACGGCGGGAGGGGAGGGAGAAGAGGGACAAGAGGGAUAAGAAGGAGAUAAGAGAGAAGAAGGAAGGAGUGAAGGAUAAGGAGAAGGAGAAAGAUAAAGAGAAAGAGAAGAAGGAGCGGGAUAGGAGGAGGGCGGAGCGGGAGGAGGACAAGGCGAGGGAGGAGGAGGAGGAAGCAGAGAGGGAGAGGGUGAGGGAGAGGCAGAAGGCGAGGGAGAGAUGGAGGAAACUGGCUGAAGAGGAGGAGGCGAGAAGAAAAGAACAGGAGGAAGCGGAAAGGAGGGAGGAAGAAGAGAUGGCAGUGCGAGUGGAAGCAGCAAUAAGGGAGAGGGUGGAGUCUGAGUUGGCGUGUGAGCGGGUGCAGCAGCAGGUGGCGGCGAUGGUGGCGGCGGGCAGGCAGAAGCUGAGGGAGGAGGUGCAGGCGCAGCUGGAGAGGGAGAAGCAGGCUCUGCUGGCGGAGGCCAGGAGGAAAGAGGAGCAAAAGCGGAAAGAGCAGGAGGAGUUGGAGCGCAUGUUGGAGGAGAAUCAGAGGAAGGUGGAGGAGGCUCAGAGACGAGCAGCGGAGGCAAGGGCCAGGGAGGAGGGGCUCAGGCACAAGGAGCGCGAGUCAGUGAAUGCUGUCGGCUGGCGUGUAUAGCCAGUGUUGGAGAGAGCAGAAGAGUUGGGUCCAUUCUGUUUCGCUCUCCCUCUACUGUGUUUUUUCGCACAUGAACAAGAGCGGAGGAAGCGGGAGGAGCUGGAGGAGUGCAUGUUGGAGGAGAAUCAGAGGCAAGUGGAGGAGGCUCAGAGUUGAGCAGCGGAGGAGAGGGCGAGGGGCUGAGACGCCAGGAGCGCAAGUCAGUCAGUGCGGUAGUCUGGCUCUUGUAGUGGCAGCGCGGCAACAUUAUUUGAAACCGGGCUGGGGAGCUAGUUCACACAUGUGGGGAACACAGUGCCUGCGCUUGCAAAUUAUCUUUGUAUUCCCUAUAGAUGAAGUUAAGCUAUUCAUAUCGUCCCUGAUUAUUGG